CUGACUGGUCCAUAUAAAGAAGAUUAUUUGUUUGUAUUUAGUUUAUCUAAAUUGCUAAUUGAACCAGUUCUAUAAUUAUAGUUGUAUAUGUGUAUGUAUUGGGCCUUGAAAAGAACAAGUUAGCAAAGAACUAGAAAGACGAGGAUUCCAACCAACCUCAAAACAUGUUAGGAAGAGAAGUACAUAGAAGAUAAUUCAAUUUGCUUUUUUAAUGAAAUUUUAGGUGGUUUUACCUUGUGUUUCCUUCAUUGGAUUUGAACUCUUAUGAAUAAUUAUGGUUUCUUCAUCUGUUUAACAACUCCUCAAGCUUCCAAGGUUCCCUUUAACUUUCACAUGUGUUUAUGUGAGGAUGAGGUAACCAUUAUUAUAGCAAAAAAGAGAGAAUAUGAUUGAACUACAUGAAUAUUUUUCAUGCAUGUUUUUUUUUAAACAAAAGUAUAUAUCUUCUGUGUCAAAUUUUUGCAAAUUCACUCUCCAUCCCUCUAUCAAAAUUUAUGUUUCUUUGGUUAAUAGUGUGUUUAAAUUGAAGUUAUACAUAAUUAAGGAAAGAAAGAUGACAAUGAAAUCUAUUUGGUGGUUGGGAUUGCAUAAAAAAUAAAGUAACACAAUUUGUAAUUAUUUUUAUUGUGUGAAACAGUGGAAAACAAAUGACAUGAUAGCCAAUUUUGAUGCACCAUUCUAGAAAACAUUUAUUAAAAUUUUCUUGAAAAUAUCUUUACUCAACAAAAUAUUUAAGAUAGUUUUUGGUUUGAUAGUGGACAUUAGAAGCAAGAUCAACUUUAAAAUAGUUGAGCAAAAUCAUCUCAUGUGUUAUCUUUAUUUUGAAAUAAGGUGUGCCAUUUCUAACAUAACAUCAAGGGAGAAAUUCCCUUUUUACUAAACUUAGACGGAUUCUGACCCUUUGUGUGUGGAUAUCAUAAAAUAUCAUUCAAAACAUAAUAAUAGCUAUUGAUACCCUUUUCUCAUUGUCUUUCCUUUGGCUUUGGCCUUGGUUGCCUUCACCUUGGGGUGGCCGUAGCUUGCCUCGACCUAGUGAUGGCCUUGGAUUGCCUCGGCCUAGGGGUGGCCUUGGUUUCCUUAGACUUACCCUUGGUUCCAAGCCUUGUAUGAUUAUAUCUUAAAUUUAUUGUCUUUCAAGUCCAAUGUCUAAGUUACUUGGGCUUUGGUGGUGGCCUUCAUUGACUUGGCCUUGAUGUCCAUAGUUGUAAUUAUCUAUGCCUUAGCCCUAAUAUUUGGUUGUAAUUGUUGUCACAGUUAUUUUUGGUAACUCUUUUAUUUAUUUUGAGAAACAGAAAAGACAAUGGGAGAGAAGUGGUGGUGGUUCAAUGCCCUAGGAUGGAUGCUUGUGGCCAGGAUUGGACACAGUAUGAUAACUGAUGCUGAGCAGAUGAGUCUUAUAACAC